UGCCAUAAAGUGGUGAACACAGACAAGGGCACAGGGCGGAACAGGGAGAAGAUCAGCUUAGCUGGCAAAAGGGAUUCUUCAGCAACUGGCAGCUCACCAUGGCUAUUCCUCACUGGCUCCUCAUGUCUGCCCUCUUUCUGCUGCCCCUCCUGGCACAGGUUUUGGCACAGGAACCAGGAUGUUCUGUCAAUAACAACAAACCAAGUGUUCCUGAAAAUAAAUGUCCUUAUGUGGUGACUACUGUCAACGUGCGGCCAGGUUUCACCCUAACAAUUGACCCCAAUUUCCCCGAUGGCCAAUUCUUCACCAUUGAGGGCUCGGAGCUGCAGCUGACGAAGUGUGUGGACUAUGAGGAAGACCCUGUGCUGCUGCUGUACUUGAUCUGCAAGGACCCUGCUGGCCAGACUGAUUCCUUGGAAAUCCUAGUCACCAUUCUGAACGAGAAUGACAACAGCCCCGUGUUUGCACAGCCAAACAUCACCAGGGAUGUCCCAGAGGAUACAAAAGUAGACACAGCCAUUGUAGCCCGUGAAGAAUUAAGUGCUACUGAUGCUGACCUGGACACCAUCUACUAUGAACUCACUACCACAGUGCAGGACACAGAUGGUUAUUUUGCCAUAAGAGGAGUUAAUAACCCAGAAAUUUAUUUACAAAAAACAUUGGACUAUGACAAAUUUAAUUCGACAACGUUGCUCUUGUAUGCCAGGGACAGGCCUGUGAGCAGCCCCGAGCCCAGCAACAAUGCCACUGCAACAAUAACCAUCACCAUCCAGCAGAGUGACACCCGGGCACCCUGGUUCCUGCCCUGCACCCGGAUCCACACUGACGCCAGCGUCUGCAUCAGCAGCCCCUACUCUGGCAGGGUCAACAUCUCCGAGAUGUCGACAGAGCCACUCCUCCUGGAGCCAGGGCCCAUCUAUGCUAUAGACCCUGACUACACCAUCAGUGACAGGAUCGUGUACAGCAUUGUUGGGGGGAAUACAGACAACGUGUUCUCAGUGGAUGCAGACACAGGGAAUCUAACCAUGAACAAAAUAGUGACUUCCCCAGAUUCCUUUUUGUUGCAAGUUAUGGCUGCCCAGGCCAGCAACAUAAGGAAAUACUCUGUAGCCACUGUAGAGAUCAAGGUCAUCAAUAAAAGCAAUUUUCCACCCUACUUUGAGAAGGGGGUCUACAACGGGAUGGUGUUUGCUGGGCUGCCCCAGAGAAGCUUUGUCUACCAAGCUGGAGAUCCUUCCACCCCCCUGGUGAUAACAGCAAUGGAUCAGGAUUUCCCUGAUAAAGUCAACCCCAACAUUGAGUAUUUCCUCAAAAACAGCACCGAUUUCAUCGCAACCAGGGAUGGGCUCAUCCUGACCAACACAGUGCUGGAGUCCCCAGGAACUGUGACCAUCCAGGCUGUUGGAAAAGAUGUGUUGAGCCUGCAGGAGGCAAGCACCAUAAUUGUGGUGGAGGUCGUCCUUGCCACAGCUGUAACCCCCUCUGACAAGAUGUACUCUGCUCAGGACAUGGCUAUCUUAGGGGGCAUAUUAGCAGCACUGCUGUUAAUUGCCUUAGUCUUCCUUGGAGUGCUGGUGUGGAAAUCCAGUAGAUGGUAUGGGAAACCUGUCAAAUACCUGAUGAAGAAAAAGCUCUCCACGGAAAUCUCUGGAGGUCACCAGAACGAAUAUUACCAGGAAGAUGAGCAGCCUUAUGUGAACACCAAGCAGCAUGAGCCAUCAGAAACCAGCAGUGUCCAGGCAGAGCCUCCUGUGCCAGAGCAGCCAGCACUUGCUUUGUACUCCUCUGGUGCAGAGGAAACAGAGAGUCUCCCAAAGGACUCCAUAGCUUCCACUGUCAUCUUUAACCAGGAAGAGAAAGAGGAAGAAAAGGAAGAAGAGGCUGAACAGGAGAAAGAAGUGAAGUCAAUCCUCAAAACAGACAGGAACUUGGCAGAUGAUGGCUACAAAGCUGUGUGGUUUAAGACUGAUGUGGACCCCGAGGCUGGAGAGAGGGUUGAAGUGAUUGAGGACAAUGCAGCAGAUGAUGAUGAUGAUGAUGAUGACAGUGACCAAGAUCUGCAGAAGAAUGAGGAGGAGGAGGAGGAGGAGGGAGAAAGUUCUGACACAGACAAUCACCACCGAGGGCUGGAAGAGCCCUUUGCCUCAGAGAGCUCAUCACCCCCAGCAGCAGAGGUGACAGCCAACAUGUCUCACACAGGUGCAGGGACAGCUGACUCUAAGUUAUAAUGGAAAUUGGGUACAUACCCCCAGAAAUGGGGCAACCUCAGUUUCUUUGCUGACAUGAAGCCCAUUUUUCUGCUCAGGGGGAAAACUGGAAUGCAGAAGGGUGAGGUUAUCUGUCCUGCUUGUCUGAAUGCAGCAAAUAAGGCCAGAAGAGAUUACAGCUAAUUUAACCCUUUGGUGAGAUCUUAGAAUAUGAUUUAGGAUUUUCAGGAUGAAGCAUUUAAUCUUUCCACCUUCCUGCCUGUUCCCCCUGGGUCCCUUGACAUCACCUUUCCCAAACUGGCUGCAGGUACAGCAGAGCUGUAGCUGACCUGGCCUGCAGCAGCAAGCCCAGCUCACAGGAGCAGUUGUGUGUGGGCUCUGCUCUGUUCUCCCAGCAGAAGCAGCUGCAAUGUGCCACCAGGCCCUUGUCCUGCCAGCCUUGUCCUGCCUGAGGCUCCAUGCUCAGGACCUGCUGUUUCCUUUGUCACUGGUAAACAAGGACUGAACACAUGUUCUUUACUGAAGGACUUUGUCAUCCAUUUUCUACGUCAUAAACCCACUAAUUGUGCGCUACUUUAGCUGUUUAUCUGCUGUCUGUCUGGUAAAAGAGCUCCUGAGAUAUUGUCUUAAAGUGCCAAGUCUACUCUAUUUCCAGGUAGCAGAGGGAAGGAAAUAUUUGAUGCUCUUGUCUUGGUUUGCACCUCCCAUCAACCAAUCGCUUCUCUCAGCUGGCAGCCAAAAGCUGGGCUGGUUUCCACCAGCUGAGGUCAUGGCUGUGUGCAUUUGCAUCUUCUGAUCAUCAGCACAAGAUCUGUGCUGCUCCUGGAGAAGGAAACCAAAGAGUGACUGCUGGGAUCUGCAGGAACAUCAGAGCACAUGUGAUUCCCAGGGAGGCUUUUAUCCUCUCGGGCCAUACAUGUCCCAGUGCUCCCAUGCUCAGUCCUGCUCUCCUGUCUCUGAGGAAUGCUGCCCUCCUGGACUUCAGGAGCUGUGUUUGUGCUGAAAAUCAAGCCCAGGACCUGGGAAGCUUUCCUACUUCCUGCAGCAAAGCCAUCUGCCUGGGAAUUGCAGUGUGGAAAUGGAGGGUGGGGAGUGCACCCAGUGUUUCCCACAUGAAGAGUCCCUCCAUCAGCUUUGGGAUAUCUCCAGGAAGCAUUUCCUACAGGACUGUGAGAACUCUCUGGCAGCUGCUCACUGAUCUGCCACCAGCAAGGCUGAGGGUCUAGCCUGCCUGCCCCCUGUGCUGGUGCUGCUCCUGGGAGGGCUGCUGAUGGGGGGAGAAGCUGGAGUGCUUCUCUGCUCCAUUUCCUUGGUGGCUGUGCCAUGUGUGGUCAGUGCUCUGCUGUCUGUCUGCCUUCCCCCUGCUGCUGUGUACUCUGGAUUUCUGCUGGCACACUGAUUUAUGAGCUCCCUGCGACUGCAAUCUGUGUUCAGCUCUUGGUGCUUUCCCUCCCCUCACCAGUGUGCUUCCCAUGCUCCUGGAAUGGGACUGGUCCCAUCAAAACAGUCUUUGUUGUCUCCCAGGUCCCAUCAGUGCAUACAGCCGUGGGGUUUGGAGUUUUUCAGGGUUAUGGGUGUUUAAUUUCAGAGGUGAUGUUUGGUAAAUAUUGUGUCUGUGGAAGUGGUGGUGGCUGUUGUGAGGAGAAGCACAACAACACAAUAAUAAAACUUGGCAGCAGGCAGAGCUCAAAUUCCAGCUAUGCCUGUUAAAACCUCCA